UAUUUUUCGCCGUAAAAAUUGGGCACAUUUUCUUCAGAAAUAUUCAUUUAAUUAUUUAUUGCCUUGAAUGAAGUUUCAUGUAUAAUAUGUUUUUCGAAAAUGUUACCGUUGAAUAUGGAAUUCAAGGAUAAUUAUAGUUUACCUCCAUGUGAGUGCGGUGUUUUCUUGGUACCCCUUCGUGCUAGACACAGAAAUGGAAACCUUGUCCCUGGAGGGGUGAACUUUCAUUAGCUCUGUGUAGUUGGCUGACAUCAUGUGUUACAUGUAAUAAUUGUUCUUUUAUAUUCAUCUUAUUCCAAUUUUUGAGGAAAAGCCUUAUGAGAAUGGUUACAAACUACAAAUCUUUAGUAGUAUCUGCUCCUGCCAAGGUGAUUUUACAUGGAGAGCAUGCUGUUGUUUAUGGGAAGGCCUCUUUGGCUGCUAGUGUUGAUCUCAGAACAAACUUGACCUGGGAAAGAUUGGAUGGUAGUAGAGUAGAUUUGGAUUUUCAAGAUCUUGAAUGUUUUAUGUCAUGGAGUAUUGAGGAGAUUAAGAAUAUACAAUUGUCACCAGAUGUUGACAUGGACACUUUCAAAGCAUUUCUUGGCUCAUCAGAUGUUUCUCCAGUUGCCUUAAUGGCUAUACGCACAUUCAUUUACCUUUAUCAAUCUAUUUAUGGUCAAAUGCAAAGUUUUGUUCCUGGUAAAUUUAAUUUAAAAUCAGAAGUUCCUGUUGGAGCUGGACUUGGAUCCUCUGCUGCAUACUGUACAGUGCUUGCUACAACAAUGCUUAUCACCUCUGGCAUUCUUGAACCUUCAGCAAUUAUGAUGCCUAUGCAGGAUUGCUGUGCAAAUGAAUGCCUUAAAACAAUCAGUGAUUGGGCAUACAAGGCCGAGACAAUAAUACAUGGAAAACCAUCAGGAAUUGAUAACACUGUCAGUACAUUUGGAGGAUUUCUGCAGUUUCAGGCUGGAAAAUUGGAAAAUAUAAACAGUAGUGUUCCUGAGUUGCGCAUUCUUGUCGUCAAUACAAAUAUACCACGUAGCACAAAAGCUAUGGUUACUGGGUUACGUGAACGUUUUGAUGAGAUGCCAGUCAUGUUUGAGCAUCUCUUUAGCGCUAUACACGAAAUAACCUUAGAAUGUAGAAGAGUUUUGGAGCUUUGGGGGUCGCAGGAAGGUGCGAUGGAUCGUGGAUAUUUUAACAAACUGGAGAAACUACUUGAUUUAAACCAGGAUAUUUUGCGAACGAUUGGUGUGAGUCAUCCAGUGAUAGACAAAAUUUGCGAAAAAACCUUAUCAUGUGGUUUGCAUUCAAAAUUAACUGGGGCUGGAGGUGGAGGUUGUGUUAUCUCGUUGUUAAAAUAUAAUGUGGAUGACAACGAGUUGGAGAAACUUAUCAACGAAUUACAACAUCUUGGAUGCCGUUCCUGGAAAACGAAGCUAGGUUGUAAAGGUAUUGUCGUGAAAGAUUGGAUCGUGGAUGGCGAAGGAUGUUGAAGGAUAUUAUUGAUGAUGUUAAAGGAUGUCGUGAAAAGUUGGAUUGUAUAAUGUUGAAAACACUGUAUAAUAUAAUUCCUUGGCUAUACUCCUUUGUCUACGCCACUCCUUUACCUCACUAGGUAUAUAUUAAUUGUGAAUUCACUGAUUUCAUUUGGCCGGUCAUUUCAAACUAAAUCACCUAGACUGUA